CUUCCUCCCCACGCGUCACUACAUAAAAUGAGCCUCCACAGAUCCUUCGCGUGCCCUGCUUAUUCCCCUUCUCCCCUCGAUAAUUCUCAUAAUCCUUCUCAUUCCAUGUUCUCCCUGUCAUAAUCAUUCAUCAUGGACACUGAUAAUUCUUCAUCGAGCGAUGUACCAAUGUCACCUUCCACAACGUCGGCAACGACGACCACGGCGAGCAUAACGUCUGCAUCACCACAUACGACAUCAACUACAACAAGUUCAAAUUCAAAUUCACGAGCCCAACCUCCACAAUGUGUCUCGUCAUCGGCAACCAGGUCGCCACCUCGAUUACCUACAACAGCUACAAUCAACCCUCGGUCUGGUUCUACAACUCCGACUCAACAAAGCCAGAAUCCCUCGCCACAAAGAAGUUCAUCAUUAUCGCCUCGAAUCCGCGAGCUCAGAGGACCCGCCACUUCUAGUUCAGGCUCUUCGAGUUCUUCCAGCGGAAGUAGCGGUGUUUACGGUUCUAGUCAAAGUAAUGGUGUUCUAGACGCCAAACCUUCUUCUCAAUUGGCUCUUAUGCUUUCCACCGCUUUGGAGGAACUUGAUACGCUCAAAAGCAGAUAUUCAGAAGAGAAGCAAAGGGCCGAUUAUUGGGAGGGAUUAGCGAGAAGUUUUAAGGUUAUUGAAGAGGCUUACAGUGCUGGCAGUGGUGCCGGAAGCUCGGGAUCGCCAGGUCAUGACCGCUCACCGCGGUUUAGCACCAGUUCUACCAGUUCGCAGCAGCAGCAUGCACCAGAUAUAUCGACAUACCCUCCAGCCGUCGUCGAGCUCGUUUCAUCUCUCCAUCAAGCCCGUUACAACGCCGAGUGUGCUCGUGAUGACGAACACGCGCGUAGGCUCGUUAUCACCGAUCUCUGGCGCCAGUUAAGGGACUACUUGGACGCCUUGGAGAGACACGCGAGAGAUGCCAAACUUGCGUUCGACAGGAGAGCUGUAGGUUUGAAUAAUGGAGAACCCAUCGAUACCGACCGAAGCGGAACAACAUCUGGUGGUAUCCUCGUUGAAACUCAACGGCCUAUACCUUCUCUACGUGAUUUGGAAGGUGCCGGUUUUGUCUAUGACGAAAAGGGUCGGAUCGUAAAUAGAAGUGGGCAUCCGCUUCCUGUUGGACUCGAACCUUUGAUUAGGUUUCGCAGCGAGCGCGGUCCUCCGGAUGCUUCGCCUUUCGCAAGCACCGCAAUGGGCCCUCCUACCCUUCCCCCGUUUACCACUGCGCCAGAGCCAAAAUCUCACAGAAAGCGAAGGAGUGGUAGUAUCGAAGGUGGUCACCACGGACAUAGUGGGCAUGCGCACAAGAAAAGUCGCGUUAAUAAUUAUCUUCCUCCGCCACAACCACUUCACCCCCCUUCGCAUUCCGCACAACCCUUCAAUUUACCCCAGAACACCUCUUCCGCCCCCGACCAAAGCCCUAAUCUCUCCAGCCAUCCCUCCCACUCCCGUCCGUCCCCUCAGCUAACUCACAUACCUCCUCCACCUCCUCCACAGCAACACUAUGGGGAUGCACGACCCCCAGGCAAGAGCCAAGGCCAGUUCGUACCGUGGCACCCACCGGGUCACCCUACUUUCAGUGCACGUGACUUAGAACGGGAUCGACAGGAAAGGGAGAGAGGAAGGCCUUCAUCUUUACCUCGUGAAUCACGGGAGCGAGUUGAAAGAGGGAGGGCAAGAAGCAGGAGUGCAUCGUCCGACAAAUCGUUGGACGAUAUGAUUCUCGAUGCCACUGCUUCUACGAGCCAUCCUGAUCAACCGGAAAUAGCUGGAACCCAGCUACCACCUUUACGCUAUACUCCCGGCUCUGGUGGCGGUGUUGUGUCGACCAAACGCCGCUCUUCGAGGGAGCGUGAUGAACGUGAAAGGGAUUAUCAUCAACCUCGAUCACCCCCUUCAAACCACCACUACCUUCCUCCACCCGGAGGACCCAAGAUGUAUACGCAUCCUCCGCCUCCGUUACCUCAAUUCCAAGGUAGAGAUGUCUUUGUGGCAGGUGAAGGUAGGUCUGGAGAUAGGCCUGGUGAAGGUGUCGUAAGGGCGGGCGAGAAUGGUCAGGGAGAUCCGCAUCAUCCUUCGUUUAGCAGCAGUCAUGCCAGUCACCAUCCACAUGCUCUUACCGCGCAUCCCACGAUUCCUAAUGGACAAUCGCUAUCAUCGCUCCCAUCCUCAUCUUUGACGUCCUCUCAUGCCACCACCACCACUUCCUCGCAUCCGUCCAUUCAAACAUCUUCCUCGACGAUAGGCAGCCAAUCCUCACUCGUUCAGCCAGGGUCAUACCCUCCCACGAACUCACAAGGUCAACGUAUCUGCCGUCAAUGCGGACAGGCCGGACGAUACAAAGAUGGGAAAUGUGUUGAAAAGUGGGGACCAGGUCCUCAUGGUCCUGGCACUGUUUGUGAUCGGUGCCGCAAGAAGAUGAAACGGGUCGAACGCCGUGGAACGAUCGAACAAGCUCAAGCCGUUGCUGCUGCGCAAGCACAGGCUGCUCGACAGCAAGCUGCGGCGCAGGCUAGAGCCGAGGCGGCAAGGAUGGUAGCUGAAGCUGAGCAAAGAGAGAGGAUGGAAGAACGAGAACGAGGGAGACCGAUAGUUGCUAAGGAUAGGAUGAUGUUGACGAGGAACGAUACUGUUAUUGUCCCUCCUGCCGAUGCAGGGGCAAGUCCUGGUUCUUUUUCUCGUCGAGAUCGGGAAAGGGAAUACUCUCCACUGGGUGGGAGGUUAACGCCCUUGAUGACGGGCACCGCAGGAGAGCUGGCACCUCCUCGGACGAUCGUACCUGCUCCUGGUCCUUCAACAUCAUACCGAGGGAACCCAUUACCUCCUCGCAGUUCGUCACUCCGUCCUUCUUCCCGUAGAUCUGAAUCGCGUUCUGGGUCUGCGGAGGAUGUUGACCUGGAUGCAGAGGGCGACCUUGACGAUGGCGAUGGAGACGGUGAUCCUGAAUCUCCCGAAGUUUAUUCCAGUGAAGCAGGAGGGGAACGCGAUUUGACAGGUCCUCAGCGCACCCGUAGUCGAGGGGGAAGCGGGGGAAGCACUGAAAGUCGACGAUCUGGAGGCAGUGGUGUGGUCGUUGGAGUUCGGAGGGAAGUACGAGAACAGGAAGAUCCGGAGGCGGAUAUCCUGGAGGCCAUCGAUGCAGCUGAACAGAGCGUCAAAUCCGAAUGAUUCUAUUUCACUCACUUUACUAAGCACAGCGACCUUUUUUUAUUAUCAUACUUCCAGACAUCUCACACCUCACCUAUCAUAUCAUUUUACAGCGACGUCCGUCGUUGCAUAAGUCGAAUGCUGUAUCGAUUGCAUCUACAUACUUCUCGACCUCGAAAAUCAAACCAUAUUGUAUUAUUAUCCGUAGGUGUUGUCAGUUACUUUAGAUGCGUAAAAGCAAUCAAAUCUUGUUAGCA